UGAAAGUGUAUAAAUGCAUGUUAACUCACGGCGCCUAAUACUAGGGUUUUCACUUACACUCUAAGGCAGGCGCUUCCAUCGUCUUCUUCUGAGCUUGAGAUUUUGUGCAUUUGAAUUUGGUCUAGCGGAAACAUCAUGGGACACACCAACAUUUGGAACUCUCACCCAAAGAACUACGGGCCUGGUUCUCGCACUUGUCGGGUGUGUGGAAACCCACAUGGAAUAAUCAGGAAGUAUGGCCUCAUGUGCUGCAGGCAGUGCUUCCGUAGCAAUGCCAAGGAAAUCGGAUUCAUUAAGUACCGCUGAAGAGCUUUGACGCUUAGCUGCCCAACCAGCUGUUUUAGAUUAUUGAUUUAUGAUGUUAUAUUUGAAGAAACUUGAUUUUUUUUAUGGCAACUAGUUAAUCAUCAGACCAAAGUUUUGGAUUACUCGGAAUAUUUUCUAUACAUUGUUGAUUGUUUUCAACGUCCAAUCUGAUCCUUUAAUUAUAUACUUCAA